AGCAGCGGCGGCGGCGGCGGCGGCGGCGCUCCAGGCAGCGGCUGGGACUCGCCCUGGCGUCCGAACAGCAGCGGUAGCAGCAGCGGCGGCGGCCGAGGGCCAGCCAAACUUGAGCCCCUCCCCGCAGCAUGGAGAUCGAGAAGGAGUUCCAGCGGCUGGAUCAGGAGGACAGCUGGGCCGCCAUCUACCAGUUGACCACAGCCGAAUUAAGCUGGAACAAGGUGACAAUGAUUAUGUCAAUGCAAGUUUGAUAAAAAUGGUGGAGGCAAACAGAAGUUAUAUCCUUACACAGGGACCGCUUCCAAAUACUUGUGGUCACUUUUGGGAGAUGAUUUGGGAACAGAAAAGCCGUGGUGUUGUCAUGCUUAACAGAGUGAUGGAAAAGGGAUCAAUAAAAUGUGCACAAUAUUGGCCACAAAAAGAGGAGAAAGUAAUGUUUUUUGAAGAUACAAACUUCACAUUGACCUUAAUAUCAGAAGAUGUAAAAUCCUAUUAUACAGUCCGACGAUUAGAACUGAAGAACCUCAUAACACACGAAACACGGGAAAUUCUGCAUUUUCAUUACACAACGUGGCCUGACUUUGGAGUCCCGGAAUCUCCAGCUUCAUUCCUCAACUUCCUGUUCAAAGUGAGAGAAUCGGGGAGCCUGAAUCCUGAGCACGGCCCCAUUGUAGUGCAUUGCAGUGCUGGAAUUGGAAGAUCAGGAACUUUUUGUCUGGUUGAUACUUGUCUUCUCUUGAUGGACAAAAGGAAAGAUCCUUCUUCUGUUGACAUUAAACAGGUUCUUUUAGAAAUGAGGAAAUACCGAAUGGGGCUUAUACAAACAGCAGACCAACUUCGCUUCUCAUACUUGGCUGUGACAGAGGGAGCCAAAUUUAUUAUGGGCGAUUCUUCAGUACAAGUUGUCUGACUCCCAACAACUCUGGAAGGCUUACAAUCAAAACUACAAAACACAAAGCAGAAUCAUGGCCCCUCAAAAACAACAUAAAGCA